AUGACAAGAGGCUUUGAUGCAAUUGCCAUAACACGAGCUUCGUGGCACUACGCUGUGCUGUGGGUUGGUAGUUCACGACUCUACGGGGAAUUCACAGCUGGAAGCCGGCCUUCCGCCCGCCGCAACCCUCACGAUCCGCGCGGCGGCCUGAAAUGCACGCAGCGCCCAAUCUCACGACAUCAGCUCCCCUUUUCCGAUACAAAUCAAGCAAGGCAAAAACAACAACAACAACAACAACAACAACAACAACAACAACAACAACAACAACAACAACAACAACAACAACAACAACAACAACAACAACAACAACAACAACAACAACAACAACAACAACAACAACAACAACAACAACAACAACAACAACAACAACAACAACAACAACAACAACAACAACAACAACAACAACAACAACAACAACAACAACAACAACAACAACAACAACAACAACGUAGUCAGGCCUGA